UCACCUGCAGUGAGAUGGCACCGCGAGCAGGAUGCAAAGAGGCAAACAUGAUCCUUAGACAUAGCAAGAGAGGGGCCUGGUGGGCUGAAAGCUGAUGGCAGAGCGCAGGAUGCUGGAGAAAAUUCAGAAGAUCCUGACGGUCCGCAACGAGCUUGUCCGGGAGGCGCUGGCCGAGGCGCUGGGCACCUUUCUUCUGAUGCUCCUUGGCUUAGGGUCCGUUGCCCAGGUGAAUCUAGGAGGAGGAAAGUUUGGGGAAUACCUGAGCAUCAACCUGUCAUUUGGACUGGGCGUCGCUUUGGGCAUCCAUGCAGCUGGCGGGAUCUCAGGAGCUCACAUGAAUGCCUCCAUUACCUUCACCUACUGUCUCCUGGGGAAGCUGCCCUGGAAGAAGCUUCCAGCCUACGUGGUGGGCCAGUUCCUGGGGUCCUUUGUGGCAGCAGCCACGAUCUUCGGCUUGUAUUACGAUGCACUUUACCUCUACACUGGAGGCAACUUCACUGUGACGGGACCCAAUGCCACAGCCGGGUUCUUCGCCACCUACCCAGCUCCGUAUAUGUCCCUGACGGGGGCAUUUUUCAAUGAGUUUAUUGGCACGGCAGUGCUGCUUUUGGGCAUACUGAUCAUCCAUGACGAGAAGAAUAAUCCAGCCUUAAAGGGAACCCAGGCAGUGGUCACGGGGCUCCUGGUCUUUGUGAUCGGCAUGUCAAUGGGAAUCAACACAGGAUAUGCCAUCAACCCCUCAAGAGACCUCCCUCCCAGGAUCUUCACUGCAAUAGCCGGCUGGGGACUGGAGGUCUUCAGGGCUGGAAAUAACUGGUGGUGGGUCCCGAUCGUAGCUCCGACGUUGGGAAGUCUGUUUGGCGUUUUAGUCUACAAACUCUUCAUUGACCUUCAUAAUCAGCCGGCCACAGACAAUGGAAACGAGAAAGAGAAGUACACUUUGGAGAGUGCUCGGAUGUGACGUCCAGCUGUUCCCCAGAACUAAGCCUGAAAGCAAAGCUCUAGACAAGGCGUGUUGCACGCAUGCACUUACACUGAUUGUCACUGACUGGCUCUUGAGACACCCACUGGCAAUAAAUGCACCUUUAAUUUAUUCAUCCCCCACUUCUGGAAGGUGUGAGGAUGGAGGCUAGGUUUGAAUAAAUCUUUGCAACUCGAUCAGACUAACUGGGAUUUCUAAUGGAUCACAUUAUUCUCAAGAGGGCCAAAUGUGGCUCUGCCCUAAAUAAGUUAUUCAAUAGGAUUUAAAGUUUAUUAACUAUUUUUUUCUCUAUGGAAAUAACGCAUAUAACUCCAUCGCACUGGUGAAAAUCCCUGCACAGCUUAAAUGAUUCCAGGCACGUAAUUCUGUCACAUCCCAGAUGUGAAAAGCAAUAGGGAGGUAUGGAUUAAGCUCACCAUGUGCUCUAUUCAAGGCAAGGUCAGUGCUUCCCCAUGGGGUGACAGCACCUUGAACAAAGGUGUUUUGAUUGUGAAUGCUGCUUGGUAAUACAGCAAGGCCUGAAUCCCAGAGCCUGGCUCCUUAUUCAGUCUUCAGACGGGGAGGGGGAUGGGGGUCAGCCCCGUUGAUUUAGUGUGACCCUGCCUUUAAUGGGUAACCUCCCACUUAUAACUCCCACUUAUAACAAGGCUAUCAAGCAUCUGGUCUGGCAGGAUGGAGGGAGGAGUAGCCUGUUCUCACUAAGGCUUUGGCAGCUUUCAGUGGAGUCUCUCCUUUCCUGACUUCUGUGUCCACAGUGUGAACCUUAAGUGCUGGGCAGUCUCCUGUCCAGAGACCUUCUGAUCCCUUGUUCUGUCUUGGUGGACUCUUGUGGACCAGGACAUUUGCUUUCUGCAACUGAAAGCAUUCAGCUGUGGAGCUACAGCUUUAAACAGGAUCUUUUAAUGCUGAAACAGAAAACAAGCUCCUCCCACACCACUCAGGAAAACACCAGGAGACUUAGGAACGAGUCCUGAGCCUGGAGGGGCUGCUUCUACAGGGCAGGGGAACAGGUAUUCAGCCUCGUUACUGGCCCUCUGACCCCCUCCAGCAUCCUCAAAAACAAGCAUGCCGAAUCUUCCUCUUCCCAGGCCGACACGUGAGGGUGACUCUUUCUACCCCUCUCCUGUGCUUGAUCCCCAAGUGCUCCAGGGCUGCUGCAGGACUUCAGCACACGACUGGGUUUCUGGAGCUGGACAACAUAGAUGAGCAGUGGUGUUACGAUGGGUCCAGAUGUCCUGCUCCAAGGAUGGCAACCAUAGACUGCAAAUCCUCUCUCACAAAAGCCAGGCUGUUCACCUCGGGCUGAAUCAACGGACUGUUUUUCGGGACUCUGCCUCUUCCCCCUGGUUUCAGCUGACCUUAAGUUUGUAACAGCAUGACUUAUCUGUGGAAUUAAUAAAGCAGAAAUGUGUCUGGGCCACUCCA